GCCCAAUAUUUUGCUUACGUUAUUUACGAUUGAAACUAGAUAAAUUCCCCAACUAAUUAGUAGAAAUUAGGGAAAUUUAAUUAAUAAAUUGGUAAUUUUAUUUUUGUUAAAAACAUUUCAAACGAAAAAUUUAAUUUAAUCGCAAAAAAAUUUAAUAAAAGAUGACUUCCUCCAGUAGAAACAGUGAAUCAGAGAAAUCUUGCUGGGUGUGUUUUGCUUCAGAGGACGACGACAGAGAUGCGAAAUGGGUUUGCCCUUGCAGAUGUCGGGGGACUAGCAGAUGGGUACAUCAUGCCUGUUUGCAGAGGUGGAUUGACGAGAAACAGCGAGGAAACAGUUCGACAAAGGUUUGCUGCCCCCAGUGCAACACAGAAUAUCUUAUAGUUUUCCCUAAAUUAAACAAAGCAGUAUAUCUGAUGGACUUAGUGGACAAGGCCAUAUAUAAGACAUGUCCAUUUGUGGCCGGGGGAUUGUUUGUGGGCUCCGUCUAUUGGACCGCAGUCACGUACGGGGCAGUAACUGUUAUGCAGGUCUUGGGGCAUAAAGAGGGCCUCAACGUAAUGGAAAAGGCCGACCCCUUAUUUCUCCUUAUAGGCCUACCAAUGGUUCCUGUGUCGUUAAUCCUGUCGAAAAUGAUCCGUUGGGAGGAUUUCAUCCUGAAACUAUGGAGGAAAUACUCGCCAAAACUUCCGCUAAUCAGCUACUUAUUCUCCAGUAGCAAUCCGUCAAUGUCCCAGCGGAUACCGGCGGAUACUACGACCAUGUCGGACCCACUUUCGGCCACCCGGAUUCUCUGUGGGGCCUUGAUUCUGCCCACUCUGGCUACCAUCGUUGGGAAGGUUCUGUUCGGACAGGUUGAGUCAAACUUCCAGAGGACUUUGCUGGGUGGUAUCGCCUUCAUAGCCAUAAAGGGCGUCCUAAAGAUCUACUACAAACAGCAGCAGUACGUGAGGCAGUCGGAACGUACCAUUUUAAACUUUGAAGAGGGGUGUUCAGCAUCCAGUAGUAACAAUAAUAAUAAUAACGGUAAUAAUAAUAAUAAUAAUAACGUCGGCAAUGAUGGUAACGAUAACGGCGCCAAUUAUUGAAUUGAACAGACGAUUUGGAAAUAAUUUCUCUCUAUUAUUAUUCUUGUUAUUAUUUUGUUAUAAUUAUUGUUUUUAUUUUAUUGUUUAUUAUUAAUUUUUUUUUUGUUAUUAUUGUUCAUUAUUUUAGUUAUAUAAAUGCAAAUUUUACUUUACCCUUCCCUGAUUGGCCUGUUUUUAAUAGAUAGUUGGAAAAGAUACUAAAUAGCAAAGGAUAUGCGGCAAAUGAGAAUUUUUCGUUCAUCCUCCUCUUCUCCUACUACGAUUUACUAUCUUUCUUUUUCCGUUAUUCUCUAUAAUAUUUUUCUGAAAAGAGCGCUAAUCUUUCAAUAAAAAUUAAUGUUAAUAUAUUUUCAACGAUAAACUAAAAACUGGCUAAUACAAUGAUAAUGAUGAUGAUAACAAUAAUAAGAAUAAUAAUAGUAGAUAUUAUUAUUAUUAUAUUAUUGUUGAUGAUGAUUUUAAUCAGUGUCACAAAUAAUUGACAUGCUAUUACUACUUAUACUGCUUGUACUGAUUACUAACCAUUAAUUUUUAAUGGUGAUAUAUAUAUAUAUAUAUAUAUAUAUAUAUAUAUAUAUAUAUAUAUAUGUAUAGAGUGAGGGAGAGAGAGAGAUAUGAAGAGAGAGAGAGAGGGAAAAUGCGAAAAAUUAUUACAUAUGAAAUUUAUUCUUUCGAAUAAUUAUUUAGAAAAUGUUUUUAAAAGGUAUACAUUGAAACAGAAUUAAUAAAUUCUAAAAAUUUUUUUCAUUAUAAACAAUGGUAAACUAAUUGACACACACACUCACACACACACUCAUAUAUGUAUGUAUGUAUAUAUAUAUAUAUAUAUAUAUAUAUAUAAAGGAACAUACAUAUAUAUAUAUAUAUAUAUAUAUAUUUCGUAAAAAUUUUUCGAUUUAAUGAUGUAACUAACUCGAUAAAAAAUGAAAUUUGAUAAUAAUACACACACACACACGUACGCACACAUACAACACACACAGCAUGGAAUCAAGAUAUUCUUGACACACAGCCAAUGUGUUGUGUAACACGGCCAAAGCCUAUGAAGACUAUUAUUAUGUUAUAUUGUUGUCAUUAUUCUAUUCAGAUUUUAGUUUGAAUAAAUGAUAGAAUAGAUGAAUGAGUAGAUGAAUGAAUGAAUUAAUGAAUGAAUAGAUAGAUAGAUGGGUGUUUAUCGUUAUAUUAAACAAUGGGUUUUAUUAUAUAUUUUUUACGGAUAUGUUUGUGAGUGUGUCUGCUUGUGUGUCUGUCAAAUUUAUUUCUGAAAUUUAUAAAGAAAUGAAAAUAAAAUAAAUUAUUUUCAGGC